GACAUUCAGACUUGAGGAACCAGGGGCUAGUGUCCAGAUCCGCCUCUUACCUUUCCCCUCCUCCAGAGCAAGGAGCGAGCGCGAGCGCUUCAUGUCUUCUCUCCCCGUCCUCCUGCCUCGCCCCUCGCUCGAGGGGCUCCACCUCCACCCGCCUUCCUGGUGUGCAGCCCAGCUCAGCCGCCGCGGCCGGAGAGUCCCCGACUCCCGCCGCCUGCUGCCAUGGGACCCAAAGCCGCCUCCGGCUUCUACUUGGGCAGGAAGCCCGCCGCCCUGCUGGCCCUGCUGCUGGCCGCGCUGCUGCUGGCGCUGGCCGUGCUGGGGGCUCUGUACGGGCGCUGCCUACACGAGGCGGAGGAGCUGCGCGCGGCAGAGGCUCCCCCCUCGCCCACAGCCCGCCCGGGGACGGCAGGCACCGGCUGUUGCACCCCCAGCCCCGGCAGCACGCGCCGGCCGGGAGCCUGGGACCACCCCCGCCUGCCCGGCGCGCUGCUGCCCCUGCACUACCAGCUGCGGCUGUGGCCGCGCGUGAGCCCCGGCCAGCCCGCCCCCUUCGGCUUCUCGGGCCAGGUGAACAUCACGGUGCGCUGCGCGCAGGACACGGACACGGUGCUGCUGCACAGCGCCCAGCUGGAGCUGUGGGGGGCGGCCGUGCGGGGGCCCCUGCCGGAGGAGCCGGCCCGCGCCAACGGCGGCGGCAGCAUCCAGGUGGAGGAGCUGUGGCUGGAGGAGGAGCGGGAGUACGCGGUGCUGGAGCUGCGGCGGAGCCUGCUGGCCGGCGGCAGCUACGUGCUGCAGCUCAGCUUCAGGGGGACCCUGAGCGAGGAGCUGGACGGGCUCUUCCUCACCCACUACACGGACCAGGGCCAGAGCAGUAUGUUGAUUGCAUCUCAGCUUGAACCAACAUAUGCAAGGACUGUUUACCCCUGCUUUGAUGAACCUGCCAUGAAGGCAACCUUUAAUAUCGUAAUUGUCCAUCAUCCCAGUUACGUGGCCCUUUCUAACAUGCCUGCUAUAGACAAAACUGAAAUGAAAGAUGAGAAUGGAAGCAUAUGGACUGUUACCACAUUUAACACCACACUGAAAAUGUCAACUUAUAUAACUGCUUUUGUGGUUUGUGACUUCGAUUAUGUCAGCAGGACUGAAAGGGGCAAUGAGAUACGUAUUUGGGGUCGGAAAGAAGCAAUUAAAAAAGGGUAUGCUGACUAUGCUUUAAAUAUCACAGGCCCACUCUUUUCAUUUCUGGAAGAUUUAUUUAACAUCAGUUACCCUCUUUCAAAAACAGAUCUGGUUGCACUGCCUGAUUUUGGAGUAGGUGCUAUGGAAAACUGGGGGCUAAUGACUUUCCAGGAAUCAUCAUUGAUGUACAACCCAAGUGAUAAAUUCAGAGGCAAAAAGGCUAUGAUUUGCCUAAUUGUUUCACAUGAGCUAGGACACCAGUGGUUUGGAAAUCUGGUUACCAUGAAUUGGUGGAAUGAUCUGUGGCUUAAUGAGGGAUUUGCAUCUUACUUUGAAUACAUUGGAGCUAGUUACAUGGAACCCAGAUUAUCACUGAAUCAAAUCUUUUACUAUCACAUGUUACAACCUGUCUUAAGAGAAGAUAAAGAAAUAGCGUCUCGGUCGUUAUCAAUGAGAGAAGAAAACAUCAAAGGACCAUUUUCAUUAAUUGGCCUUUUUGAUAUCUUCACUUACAGCAAGGGGGCCUCCAUUAUCCGGAUGCUUUCCAGCUUUCUGACUGAUCGGUUGUUUUUCAAAGCACUCAAUUUGUACUUGAAAGCAUUUUCCUUUUCAAGCGCUAGCCAAGAUGAUCUGUGGACUCAUAUACAAAUGGUUGUGGAUACACAGAAUGAAGUUCAGUUGCCAGCACCAGUGAAAAAUAUAAUGGACUCCUGGACAUGCCAAAACGGAUUUCCCAUUUUAACAUUAAAUCUGUCCACUGGCGUUAUCAGUCAGAAACAGUUUUAUAAUAAAAGGACAAAAAACGAUACUGCUUACAAUAACACAUGGAUUGUUCCUAUUUCUUGGAUAAGAAAUGGAUCUGCACAACCGUUAGUCUGGCUUGAUACAAGUAGCAAAAUGUUUCCUGAAAUGCAAAUAUCAGAUUCAGGACAUGACUGGAUCUUGUUAAAUAUGAAUACGAUUGGGUACUAUAGAGUUAAUUAUGAUCCAUUAUAUUUGAAGAGAUUAGCACAACUGCUUGAAAGAGACCCAAAGGCGAUUCCAGUCAUCAACAGAUUGCAUUUGCUAGAUGAUGCUUUUACAUUGGCAGAGGCUGGAUAUAUUGAGAUUGAGUCUGCAUUUGGACUAACAAAGUACCUUGCCAAAGAAGAUCAACUGUUUGUGUGGUAUACGGCAUUGUCAUACCUAAUACCUGAACCACUGGAAAAUAUUGUGAACAAGUAUGGAAUAUAUCCAUUUUUAAAGAAAUAUCUGUUAAGGAGAAUGUUGCCGAUAUACCAUUAUUAUGCAAAUAUUAUUCGUCAAAAUUUUAGUGCUUUGGCAGAUGAGUUUGAUCAAAUAUAUUUGGAAAAACUUAUCAAUACAGCAUGUUGGCUGGGUCUCCAAGACUGCUUAAACCUAUCUUCUGAACUUUACACUAAGUGGAUGGAGAACCCUGACAAUGAGAUUCCUCUCACUAUUAAAAGAACUAUCUGUUGUUAUGGUGUUGCAAUGGGAAGUGAGAGAGAAUGGGAGUUUGCAUGGAAGAUGUAUAAUCAUAAUAAUUCCACAGAACUAGAUAAGAACAUAAUGCUCUCUGCCCUGAGAUGCACCAGAGAGUCAUGGUUGCUUCGAAGAUAUUUGCAGUACUCCCUUAACAAUUCAUUUUCGAAUACCACAGUCAUAAUCAUUUCAAAUGUAGCCGCUACUGCAAUUGGCCACCGCAUUGCAUGGGAAUUUGUAACAGAAAACUGGCUACUUUUAAAUGAAAGAAAUAGAAUAUUGCUGCAGCUAUUGAAAAGUAUGGAAAAUUUUGUCAAUACAGAUUUACAAAUCCAAGAGUUGCAGCUUUUUUAUAAUACUACACUGCACGAGGAUCUAAGGAUUUCUGCUACUGAAAUGUUGCAGUUUGCAAAGUUUACAAAUAAGGAAAGGAGAAAAGUCAUAGCCCGAUUUGCUGAUUGGUUACGAAAAAAUAUAGAUGACUGACUUCUGAAAUCUGUUUCUUACCUGUAUUAGAAUGUCUUGCUAGCAUUUUAAUUCUGUUUCAUGAUUUAAUAAAGAAUUUAAACAUUUGAUUUCUAAACCAAAGAUUCUAGCCAUGAAGCCAGGCUGACGUGAUUCACAAUGGAAGGAGAAAAUUCUACAGAAAAGAUGCAAUACAACUAUUUGCAUAUUGCAUCUAUCUUUUUUCCAAUUGUCAUGAUGCUUGAAAGACUUAUUCUUAAAUAAAGUCAAGAAAAAUCUACAGAAACAUUGGAGGAAUCAGCUGUAUGGUUAAAACACAGGCCUGAGAAUUAGAAGAGUUGGGUUUUAUUCUCUGUUCUGCCUCUGGCUUGUGGUGUGACUUUAGGCAAGUCAUUUGAUCACACUGAGCAUCAGUUUUUGUAUUUCUGAAAUAAGAAUAGGAAAUAAUACUUAAUUUAAAGCAGUGUUAUGGAAUUUAAAUUCAUGAAUGUUUGUGAAAUGCUUUUUGGUCCUCAGAGGGAAAGCACUACAGGAAUCAAAAACUUAUUACAUAUUGGGUGCUUUUUCAGCUACACUUAAUUCUUCAUUAAAGAAUUUGUAGAAGUUUCGCUUUAUUCCUGCCUAUUAUUAGGUAUAAUAGAGAUGACCUAUAGCCAAGUUAAACUGAGGCCAUUAACUUUAAAGCAAGUAUAUUAGCUUUUUGGCUAAAAUGUAUUAGUUUGUGGGUUUAGCAAAUAUGAACUCCUCAGACCAUACAGUUUGUUCAUUUGCACAAUACAUACAUUAUGAAAAAAUGAAGUUGCACCACCUUUCCAGUAGUCAGAGAAAGUAUAUUAUAUUACCCUAGGGAAACGCAUUGAGGAAGUAACAGGCAAUGUUAUAAAGGAAAUAAAGAGCACAAAACAGAGCAAUAUCUAGGAUUUCAAAAUCAGAGUUUCCAAACUGGAAAAUUCUUUGUUGAGUUCUAACUGCAUAUACAAGGAAACUGACAGGCUUAGCUUCAAUGAAGGCCUAUGUCUAAACUUGGAGCUUGGGGUUCAGUUCCCAGCCUGAGUGUGUACCUGUUGGUCUUGGGUAUAUACUCAGGGUGGGUAGCUCCUCCCCCACGGCUGGGGCUACACUCUAUUUUUAGUACACUAACUGGAUCAGAACUAGUGCAGGAGUGUCUCCUGGAGCUGGGAAUCAGACCCCCAGCUCAAAGAUCCUUAAUCCCCUCUGCACAUCUCCAGUGGUACAAAGUGUAAUUAAAACUGCUGUCAGGCAGUACUGGGAGAGUCUGUCAACAGUGCAGUGGGGGAAGGGGGGGGGGGAGAGAGACAUAUUUACUGAUGCAGCCUGCACUGUGCUAGCAUAGGUGCUGGAACUAAGGGAGUGGGGGAGCUGCGGCAUCGCCUGGCUUGAAGUGGUUUCCAUUAUAUAUAGGGUUUCCAGUUUAGUUCAAUAGGCCUCAGCAUCCCUACUAUAAAAAUUGUUCUAGCCCUCCUGUAUGCUAGACACAUGCUGGUUUCCCCAGCACUCAUUCCAGGAUGGGGAGGGAUUGGGAAUGGUGUGCAAUCUGUUACAUUGAUGAUGAACAGCAAAGCAGCUUCUUUCUGGCGUGACUUAGGGAUACUUCAGAUGGAUGCAGGGACUGAUUUGGCCCCCAAGAGCCUGCAUGAUUGACAUGAAAUGGAAAGAUAAUGGCAUGACAUGUAUACCACCAUCUCCACAAUCUCAUUUCAGGAUUUAUAUACCUAACUUACAACACUCACUAUAUCCAAACCAUUGUCUUUCCUAGCAAUUUGUAACCAUUCUCCCCUUUUCUUGUUUACAGAAAUGUUAGGUUUUUUACUGAAUAAAAUAUUUAAUUAAAAUUAUCAAUGUGUAAAUAU